AUGGCCGCAGUUGAGGUUGAAUCAGUUCCUGCAACAAUAGUAGAAAAGGUUAAAACCGAGGAGGUAAUCACCACCCCAGAGAAGCCAAAAGAAGAGGUAAAUGCACCAGCCACCGAGGAAGUAAAAGAAGCAACUGAAGAUGCUGCACCAGAACCUGCUGAGAAAGAGACAAUGGUUCCAGUAGAAGACUCCAUUGAGGCAGCUGCACCAGAGCCUGCUGCAGAGGUGGUGGCUUCAACAGAAGAGCCUGUAACAGAGGAAGUGGAAGAGGAAGAAGAAGCUGAAGAGGUGAAGAUAGAGGCUGCAGUUGAGGAAGAAACCCCUGAAGCUACCAGUGCAGCAGCUGAGGAAGGCGGCGAGGAGGUGGAGAAGGAGGCUGCCACAGACGUAACUGUUGAGAAGGCUGAGGAGUGA